UUGCCGUGGUUGCAGGCCGGGCCCGCCCGCUCGCCCGCUGACAGAGAGGCUUAGGACGGAGGGAAGCGGGUCCGUCGGUCGGUCGGGAACGAGGCUCCGGCGGCCAGGCCGGCGAGGGGCCGUUGCCAUGGCAGCCGCCGCCGGGGGCGCGGACGACGAGCCGCGCUCGGGCCGCUCGAGCUCAGAUGGCGAGUGUGCGGUGGCGCCGGAGCCGCUGACCGGCCCCGAGGGCCUCUUCUCCUUCGCCGACUUCGGGGCUGCGCUGGGCGGCGGCGCGGGCCUGCCGGGCCGGGCGUCUGGCGGGGCCCAGUCCCCGCUGCGCUACCUCCACGUCCUGUGGCAGCAGGACGCGGAGCCCCGCGAUGAGCUGCGCUGUAAGAUCCCCGCCGGCCGGCUGAGGCGCGCCGCCAGGCCCCACCGCAGGCUCGGGCCCACCGGCAAGGAGGCGCACGCUCUAAAGAGGCUGAGGGACUCGGCCAACGCCAACGAUGUGGAAACAGUGCAGCAGCUGCUGGAAGACGGCACAGAUCCCUGCGCAGCUGAUGACAAGGGUCGCACAGCUCUACACUUUGCGUCCUGCAAUGGCAACGACCAGAUUGUGCAGCUGCUCCUGGACCACGGGGCUGAUCCCAACCAGCGAGAUGGGCUGGGGAACACGCCGCUGCACCUGGCGGCCUGCACCAACCACGUCCCUGUCAUCACCACACUGCUAAGAGGAGGGGCCCGUGUGGAUGCCCUGGACCGAGCUGGCCGCACGCCCCUGCACCUGGCCAAGUCGAAGCUGAACAUCCUGCAGGAAGGCCACUCCCAGUGCCUGGAGGCCGUGCGGCUGGAGGUGAAGCAGAUCAUCCAGAUGCUGAGGGAGUACCUGGAGCGCCUGGGGCGGCACGAGCAGCGGGAACGGCUGGACGACCUCUGCACCCGCCUCCAGAUGACUAGCACCAAAGAGCAGGUGAGUGGUUGGUCUACACCCAGGGCCCGGCAGGAGCCUCAGGGCCAGUCCAUCCCUGCCCUGAUGCAGCCAGACACUCGUAGGAGAAAGAGGCUGUGGCUGUGGGGCUGCAGCCCACUGUGGACCUCAAAGCCUCCGGCCACUUCCUUUGAAGCUGCUCGUGGAUCUUCUCUCUGGGGCAGUCUGAGACCAGCUAGUGUCAAGGAUUAAC